AUGAAGGCCGCUACGUUGGUACUAGGUGUUGUUGGACUGGCUGCGUUGGUCAGUGCCGCCCCGCUGGAGGUCAGUCCCUGGGCUUUGGUGCCCGAUGGUCAGGGCCGGCUCCAUCUCCUCAACGUGAACCCGUACGACGUUCCCACCAGCGACGCUGAGGUCGAGCCACUGUUCAACCCCGAGACGGAUGUCGUGUUCCGUCUGUACACCCGUCGCAACCCGGUCCACCCGCAGGUGAUCAACUGGAACAGCCAGGCUUCGGUGUCGGGCAGCAACUUCAACCCGGCUCAUCCGACGCGCUUCCUCAUCCACGGAUUCCUGGAGGGUGAGGACGCCAGUCUGCACUGGAGCAUCAAGGAUCACUUUAUCCGCAUCGGCGAAUUCAACAUCGUCAACGUGGACUGGGGUGCAGGUUCGCAGACGAUCAACUACAUUGCCGCCCGUAACCGUGUCGGUGCCGUCGGUGAAAUCAUCUCGCGCAUGAUCAACACGAUCGUAUCCGCGACGGGAGCAUCCCGGGAUAACAUCAACCUGAUCGGACACAGUCUCGGGGCGCACGUUGCAGCUAACGCUGGCAAGCACCAGAACGGACAGCUGAACACCAUCAUCGGUCUGGACCCGGCCGGUCCGCUGUUCUCGAAUGGCCAGGCGGACCUUUUCGGUGCCAACGAUGCCCACUACACGGAGGCGAUCUACACGAACGCUGGUCUGCUCGGGUUCGAUCAACCGCUGGCCCACGCCAACUUCUACCCGAACGGUGGACGCUCGCAGCCCGGAUGCAUCCUGGACAUUGCCGGUAUCUGUGCGCACAACCGUGUGAACGAUUUCUACGCCGAGUCCGUCUCGUCGUCCGUGGGCUUCCGGUCGGUGCGUUGCGCAGAUCAUGGUGAAAUCCUUGGCGGACGCUGCACUCCGAGUGGCGCCAACGCGAACAUGGGCGGUGAGCCGUCGAACCGUGGACGCGGUGUUUCGGGUGUGUACCAUCUGACCACCAACUCCAACUCGCCGUUUGCUCAAGGUUAA